AUGGGACUUCGAGAGGGCUUUCGAGAGUUGUGGGACGACAUGUUUUCUUAUCGUACUCUAAAAGUGGUUAAAAUAAGUGACAAGCGUUUAGCAUAUGUUCAUAAGUCUUUAAUGGCUUUGAUUUUAGUCUAUGCGGGAGUUUCUAUGAUUGGUGGUCACACUUAUAUGCUACUAGAAACACCUGGAAUGUACAUCUCUACUGAUGUUUCCGAUACAAAAAGAAUGCUUGAUUUUAAUCAGGCGGCGUCAACAUACUGUAACAAAACUAUCACGGAUUAUGCCGGUGAUCCACCUUUUAUGGAUUCUUUCCACGAUAAUAUUUGCAAGAACUUCAGUACUUCUGAAAUAGUGAGUGUUUCUGCAAAUUCUAUAUUUGUGGGUACACACGUAAAGGAGACAAACUUUCAGCGAGAGUGCAACACCAGCACGGAUUUGUGCUCCACUUUGCCACAAUAUGAUACAUCAAAGAACUAUUUUGCCACAAAUCCUGAAAACGUUACAUUUCAGUUCAAGACCACUCUAGAUACAAGUUGGUUUACAAGUGCUCCCUCUUUAAUCUAUAUCAAAGAUAAUCAGACGAAUACCAUACUCACCGUCGACUCGGAAUCUGCUGUUGUUAGUGAGAGGUACCCGUCUUUUAGUGUUGACGAACUACUUGAGCUCGCAGGAGUGAAACUGGAUGAUAGAAACGAGUUAGUGGUACGAACUGAUUCUUUUGUUCCACCGUUCCCGCUUUAUCGACUGACCGGAAUACGACUCAGUAUUGAUUGGACUUUCAGUAAUUUUCGUCCCAUGUCUAGUUUACAACCUUUUGAUUAUCGUAUUCUCGCAGAUGUCUCAGUUUCAUCCAGCAGUAAAGGAUAUCUUGUGAACACUGUGGAAACAGUACAUUUUUCUGGGGAGCCAGACGAUGUUACUUCGAGUGGCACAAUCUUGGAAUUUCGAGGGGUCGAAAUCGAAUUCAGAUCUAAUGGUCUGCUUGGGAAAGCUGAUUUUUAUACCACAAUGAUGGCUCUAAUGUCGUGUUUCAUCAUGGUUUCGGUUGCUACAACAGUAGUAGACAUUAUAGGAGCUUUCAUUUACGAUUCUUUCAAAAAUGACAAAAUAGAAGAUGACGGUGAAAGGCAGCACUUGGAGCACAUGAUUUUGAAUCUCGAGACAGUAGGUGUGCCGUUCAAUCACGAUGAUUUACAAGUCCUUCCCAACGUAUCAAUAAAGGAAUUUUUGCAGCUCUUGCAACGCGAUAUUGUGAAGCUGAAUUCUCUCGCUUUGCAUAUCAGUAGAGACCUCACAGAAGCUGGCUUCAAUCGUCAUGCUUCCUCAAAAAAGUCUUUCAGUGACGCUGGUACAAAUAAGCAAGUUCGAUACAAGUGUUACUUAAUUGGUCCGGACAAAUCUGAAAUUUAUCUGACUGGUGGGCCCCAAACAAUUGGACGUGGAAACGGUAACUGUAUCUCAAAGCGAAUUUCUCACAAGCAGUUAAGUAUACUGGCAAACACAUAUAAUGGUACUGCUAUACUUCGAGGGCUUCACACCAAAAAUAUGUCUGGUAUUGCUAUUUCUGGCGGGGCAUGGCAGCCAAUAAGUGGAAACGAUGAGGUAGAGUUAGAAGAUGGUGAUAUGAUAGCGUUGCUUUUAGAUGAGAAAAAUCAGGAGACAUCUGUCGAGGGAGUGUUUGUGUACAGGUCAGAAUCUCUUGUUGGGAAAAAAGCGAAGAGCGGCUGGCUUGAUUGGGUCCUUUAG